CGCUGGGGGCCACUGCUGUCCAAGAAAGAUUGCAUGACAUCUCGACACUCCCAGAGUGUCUGAUGUUAUGUAGCCCACCCCCGACACCACUGUCUACAGCCACCUCCCAGACCUGCCCUCAACAUAAGUCAUGAAUCGUCGGACUUUUGAAGGUCCCAUGGACUGGGAAUACCAGAACCAAGGUCCUGUGGAUUUGUCCAGUCCUUUUGCUAAAAUAUCACGAGGACAAACGACGUCAUCGUUCAAUACGCCGUCCAAAUAUGGCAAACAGGCCCCCAAUCCCUUCGCUACUGCGACUUCAGGCAGAUCACCCUCCAAGCAGCAGCCGCAGCCUCCGCAUUCUUCCUUAUUCAAUCCUCAAAUACAGAAUAAGUUCUCGGCACCGCCCUUUCGCAACCCGGCUUUCACGACGCCGCAGAAACGCGUCGACGAGCUUGCCUACUCGGAGUGCUCCGGCGCCGAAUCGAGCCCCGCCAUGACCGAUACGUCCGAGAUGCCGCCUGAUACUCCGGAUCUCGACCGUCCCGACGACUUUGCUAAGAUGACCAUCACCCCCUCGACAGCCAACCGGGCGCUCUUCCACCGCAAGAAUUCGGUCGGGGCUCGCGCUCCUGGAAGGGGCGAGGUGCCCAGAGGCAAGGCAGAGAUCCAGCUCAGAGACAGGAUACGGAAGCGGAAACGCCAGGUAGGCGACAAGGAUGUCGGAAGCGUCCGCCAUAGGGUAUCGCAUGAUUCGGACGGUUCAGACAGCGAUUGGGAGGCCGACGCGACGGGAAGCAUGCGCAAGGGAACGGCCAAGGGCAGGAAGGGGAGUUCGUCAGGCCCCGGAUGGUUCGGCAGUUUCCUCAUGGCAAUCGGCAACAACCCCAGCGUACCCGCCAUCCUUUCGAGGUGGGUGCAGCUUGCUGUGAACAUCGUCCUGGUUGGUGGGUUCCUGUGGUUCAUCUAUAGCGGGAUUUCCAUGAUGCGGUCCGACCUCGCCAACGCUACAGAGAAAGCGCGCGCCCUGGUCUUGGCCGAGAUGCAGGCAUGCACUCACGAAUACACCAAGAACAGGUGUGCCCCCAAGUCCGAGCGGCUGCCGGCUCUGGACAAGGUCUGCGAGGAAUGGGAAGCCUGCAUGAAUCAAGAUCCGUCGAGCGUCAUGAAGGUGCAGGUGUCGGCGCGGAACGUUGCCGAAAUCAUCAACGAGUUUGUCGGAGUCAUGAGUCUCAAGGCCUGGGGCUUCAUUCUCUCGGCGCUCCUGGUGGCAAUCCUCGCGAACAACAUUGGCUUUGGGAAGCUUCGCGAUGCAUCCUAUUCAGAGCCGGCGAAGGUGGCCAAUCCGUUCCCAUCGCAGGCAGCAGCACCGCCGAUGCUGACAUCGCCGCAACACGACUCACAUCAGGCUUACAUAUGGGCGCCUAUCGGUCAAACGCCGCGGCGGUUUAGACGAGAGAUCUUUGCGGCCGAGGCUACCGACACGGAUAACUCGCCAGAGGUGAAAGCUAUCAUGCCCCAGACGCCUUCAGGAAGGAGGAGUCCAAGCAAAGGGGAGAGAGGACGUAGUCCCACGAAGGGUUCAAGAAGCCCCAGCAAGGGCUAUUAACCCGAGGAAGCCCCUGGUUAUCACGGCUAGGUAUCACGGCUAGCAAAGGUUGGUGGGGGGUUUCAGGCUUCAAACGUUGUACACAAUGCGAACGGGCAGCUGGAUGCUUGGUGCUGGGUGCUGGGCUGGUUUGGAUGGCGUUCAGGGGUUCGCAUGCAAAGCAGGACGAUGCGACCGUGCAAAUAAAAAAGAAACCUUAUUUUUCCCUUUUUUUUUUUUUUUUUUCUCCCCC